AUGCUACCAGCGCAUCAUAACUGGUUUUCAUCAUAUUUUGUUAGACGAGCGUACGAGGUUGGCUUGAUGCUAUGGAGGCCUGCAUAUGAUAGCGUUCGCCGGGCUUUUCCGUGGAAAUUGGGGAGGAUUUUGGGCAUUGUCUGCUUCAAGGUAGGGACGGACAACACUGGAAGCAUCCAAGCAGGUAUUGGAUAUACAGCCCUUGCAAGAGCGAGAACGCUGUGGAUUCCGUCGACAGGGGUCCUUGAAAAUGUUCUCAUCGCGAAUGAUCGCUCGAGCAAGCCCUGCAGAUCCGAGCGGCGAGAUCUGCAAGCCACCACGCCUGGGACGUCACACAAGUCCAACGGAUCGCAGAAAAAAAAGCAAUGUGGCGGGAGGAACUUCGUAGCUAGUGUAGUCAAUCACCCACUCACCGACGAACCCGGUGGGUCCGGGAGCCAUGUUCAAUGGCGGCGAGAACUUACGAGAUAUGUACUCCGUAUGGAGUGA